AUCGCUAGUAAGGUAGGAUUCAGUGAAACUUCAAUAAUAUUGAAUUGAUAAACUUUCACCAUAAGGUGCGUCUGACUGUGAUUGUCAGAAAAUGGAUGGUUUCUUUUGUCAUCCUGAAUCAGAAAUCGUUCAUUUCAGUGGUACUUUACGUGGGUGCAGUGUCAGUUUUUGCGUGAUCUCAUCAGGAAUACACACAAGAUGCAGAUAAGGCUGAUUCCACGGGAAGAUGGUAUUGCGGAGUGGGCAAUGAUCGAACUACAAGGGACGCUGGAGUCAGCUGGUACGCUUACAGGACAACGAAUUGGUACCUUAAAAUGGGAGAAUAAAAAAGCUUUACUUCAUAUUGGCCGUCACAUUAUGGAAGGGAAAGAGGUGAAACUCCAGAAUCCACUAAUUGUACUUGCACGAGAUGCAGGAAGUCAAGGAAUUGCGCAAAUUGCCGCUGUGAUUCGUAAAAAAGUUCAAUUUCGUGCACGACCAAUGCCUGUAUGAUUGAUCUAUCAUGACUUUGUAUCCAAAUUCACACAACUUUGCCGACUUUAUCAAGGAUUACGAGAUACACAUCUCGAGAUUAUCAGAUACAAUUUCCGAUUUACAUCCACAGGUUUUAUGAAGCGACAGUCACAUUCUAAACUCAAAGUUUUAUGUGUUCCGCAUCUUUCUAGAGUAUUUCAACAUUGCCAGUUCACAUAUGUGAUAUACAUAAUAAAAUGUAAUGUGCAUAAAGUAUUUCAAGUUUAGCAACAUAAUCUUCUUGAAGUCUAACAGGGUCAUAGCAAUCCGUUCAAAUAGUUAAUAACAGUUAAAACAAUUUGGAAGUGAAGUUACCAUACUUACUUCAUUUCUACAAAUCAAGAUAUAAGUUCACUUUUGAAAGGUUAAAAUGGGACCGUAAUUCAGGAAGCGUAUUCUGUGAUAUUUUCCUUGAAUUUUUUGUACAACAGAUUUUUCUUGUAUAUCCAUCAUCACUGUAUAUCCUUCAGUAUGUAAUAUAAUAAAAUCGCACACAUAUUUUCGCUUACCUUUUAUACACACCAUA